UUGAUUCUCCAGAACCUGCAAUUACUCCAGCAAAGCCCGGCGAUCUUUGCCCUGGUUAUUGGCAUCGGGGUGAUCGGCCUCGUCGUCGGAUUCACCAUCCAUGAAUUCUGCCACGCCCUGGCGGCCCACGGCGAAGGGGAUUCAACCGCCCAUCAGAUGGGUCGCUUAACCUUCAAUCCCCUCAAGCAUAUUGACCUGUUUGGGUUUAUCCUGAUCCUGGUUAUAGGGUUCGGGUGGGCCAAACCGGUGCAGGUCGAUCCGUACAACCUCCGGCACGGCCGAUUAGGGAUGUCAUGGGUGGCGGUGGUAGGCCCGCUGUCCAACAUCGUCUUGGCAUUUCUGUUGGGCCUGCUGUUCCGGUUUGAGCUGCUGAAUACCCGCCCGGGAUUCUCCAAUACCGAAGACAUACUUGCGUUUGCGGUCAGUCUCAUAAUCUUCUACAACCUGGUGCUGGGUAUUUUCAACCUGAUUCCCCUGCCGCCGCUGGACGGCAGCAAGGUUUUGGGCGGGCUGCUACCCAGGUCCCUGUACGGCCCCUAUCUCCGGUUCGAGCGGCACGGGUGGCUAAUCCUCAUCGGUUUGGUGAUGGCUAACUUUUUGCUCAGUCGGGUCGCCGGAGUGAAUAUACUCGGAUCGGUCAUAACUCCCCCGCUGCGGUUCCUGUUUGGACUGGCGGCUGGCCCCGAUCUGGCGCGCUUCUUCUUCUGA